AUGCCCGUCAAGCCACUAACCUUCAAAGGCGACAAAAAGACCAAGAAGCGCAAGCGCACCGCCGCCGCCGACGACGAUACGCCCUCCAAAUCUACAGACUUGACCACCACCGCUGCGGCGAAGGAAGCGGACCCGGAGGACGACUCGUGGGUGUCUGCAGAAGCUGCCUCCGACGUUUCUGGUCCCAUAAUAUUCGUCCUGCCCACCGAACCAGCUACGUGUCUAGCCUGCGACGCGAACGGGAAAGUCUGGACGAGCGCGGUGGAGAACUUCGUCGAUGGGGAUCCUUCUACAGCAGAGCCGCAUGAUGUGAGGCAGGUGUGGAUAGCGAACCGGGUGGCAGGGACAGAGAGGUUUAGUUUCAAGGGGCAUCAUGGCCGCUACUUAAGCUGCGACAAAUACGGUCUUCUAACCGCAACCCCCCCCGCCGUCUCCCCAAUUGAAUCCUUCCUCCUCAUCCCUCUCCCCUCACAGCCCGCAGUCUUCGCUAUCCAGGCCGACACGGAAAAGUUCCUCGCCGUUGACGAUACCUCUGCCUCUCCUACCGUUCGUGGCGACGCAGAAGAACUGCUGUUCAAUACAGGUCUGCGUGUACGUAUGCAGGCGCGGUUCAAGCCGAGGCUGAAGGUUGCAAAGGCGGAGAAGGCGGCAGCGAAGAUUAGUCGGAAGGAAUUGGAAGAGGCGGUGGGCAGGCGGUUAGAGGACGACGAGGUGAAGAAGCUGAAGAAGGCGAGGAAGGAGGGAGAUUACCACGAGGUGUUGUUGGAUGUGAAGGUCAAGGGAAAGCAUGAUAAGUUUGCUUGA